AUGAGAGCAGCUAGCUCGGUGCCCUGUAACGGCAAACCGGCAGGGGACAACCGAUCCAGCUGCUCUAGAGACCUACACGGAGGUGGAGGUGUUGUGGAUAAAGAUCUCAGGCAGUAUCUCAACCUGCGUUUCCAGAAGGGCUCUUUGGACCACGAGCUGCAACAAAUAAUUCGGGACAACCUCUAUCUUCGUACGGUACCCUGUACAACCAGACAGCCUAAAGAAGGAGAGGUUCCGGGAGUAGACUACAACUUUGUGACCGUUGAGCGGUUUGUGGAAUUGGAGAGAAGUGGAGCUUUGCUGGAAAGUGGAACUUAUGAAGAUAACUAUUACGGCACCCCGAAGCCCCCGGCAGAGCCCAGCCCACUGCUGCUGAAUGUAGCUGAGCAGCUGUUGCCAGGCGCUACACCCAGAUCACAGGGCAAACGCAGACGUAACAAGUCCGUCAGCAACAUGGAGAAGGCUGGCAUCGAGCCGCCUGAAGAGGAAGAGGAGGAGAGGCCCGUCAUCAACGGCAACGGAGUGGCCAUCACCCCAGAGUCCAGUGAACAUGAAGACAAGAGUACAGACGCCUCAGGAGAGAUGCCCACCACAUGCCCCUCCGAGACCUCCACAGAUGCCCCUAAAGAAGAGACAGAACCACCAAAAUCACCUCUCAAACUGGACGAGAAUGACGAGUUGGAUCCUCUGCCAGAUAACUGGGAGAUGGCGUACACUGAGAAAGGAGAAGUGUACUUUAUAGACCACAAUACGAAGACGACGUCCUGGUUGGACCCCCGGCUUGCGAAGAAAGCGAAGCCCCCUGAAGAAUGCAAAGAGAACGAGCUUCCUUAUGGCUGGGAGAAAAUCGAUGACCCUGUUUAUGGAACCUACUAUGUUGAUCACAUAAACCGAAGGACUCAGUUUGAGAAUCCAGUUCUAGAGGCCAAGAGAAGAUUGCAACAGCAGCAGCAGAUGCAGAGUCAGGGCUUGUCCUCUCUCCCCCUACCUACAGUCUACAGAGAGAAGCCUCUGUUCACGCGGGACCCCACGCAGCUGAAGGGCAGCUUUCUGUCUACAGCCCUACAGAAAAGCAACAUGGGAUUUGGCUUCACUAUCAUCGGUGGUGACGAACCAGAUGAGUUCUUACAGGUCAAAAGUGUCAUACCAGACGGGCCUGCUGCACAGGAUGGGAAAAUGGCUACAGGAGAUCUGAUUGGAUCUCUUACCAAAUCAAUGCCGGUGUAUUUGCAGGUCGUGGAAUGUUGGGAUCCUCACAGCAGUCCCACAACCAGUCUAUCUAUCCAUGCUCUCCCUCACAGCGCUCCAUAUCUGCACUGGCCCUCAGGUCCAGAGUUUGACCUGACCAAGCCUGACCCCUAUGACCUGUAUGAGAAGUCCAGGGCUAUCUAUGAGAAUAGGCAGCCAGGGCUUCCUCGAGGAGCUCUCCCAGCUGACCCUUCCGAGUUCCAGGAGGUGGAGGUGCACUUGCGCAGACAGAAGUCCGGUUUUGGCUUCAGGAUCCUGGGCGGAGAGGAACCAGGACAGCCUGUGAGUCCGGAGGCUCAGGAGAAGAUCCUGAUUGGUGCAAUCAUCGAGAAGAGCCCAGCAGAUAAAGACGGGCGUCUCCGGCCAGGAGAUGAGCUGAUGUCAGUCGAUGGGAUCCCUGUGGCUGGAAAACCCCACCGUUAUGUCAUUGACCUCAUGCACGGGGCGGCUCGGACUGGGCAGGUUAAACUCACUGUACGACGGAGAAUUCAGUCCACAGGUGAACACUGUCCAGAGAAUGGCCGCAGUCCUGGAUCGACCCAGCACAGUUCCCCGAGGAGUGACUUCAACUCCAGAAUGUUCUAUAACAACUCCACUCCCUUGCAAAACUCUGCCCCAUCCACCACAGGCUCCUCCCCACCAGACACUGUAGCCAAUCACAAUCUGCAGCCUAGUGAUGUCACCAUCCAGCGCAAGGAGAGCGAAGGGUUCGGAUUCGUUAUUAUCAGUUCACUGAACAGGCCUGAAUCUGCGGCUGCUGCUGCCGUACCCCAUAAGAUCGGCCGGAUCAUUGAGGGAAGUCCAGCAGACCACUGUGGGAAGCUCAGGGUUGGAGAUCGUAUUUUGGCCGUCAACAAUCAGUCUAUCGUCAACAUGCCACACGCCGACAUCGUCAAACUGAUCAAGGACGCGGGACUCAGCGUCACACUCAGGAUCAUCCCUCAGGAGGAGACAAACAGCACGCCUUCUGCAGGCAGCUCAGAGAAGCAGAGCCCUAUGGCCCAGCCCAGUCCAGUUUGCCAACCCAGCACUGUGAACCAGACGGGUGCUGCCCAUCCACCCAACUCCACCCCUCAACCCAAUUCUGCACCUCAGCCCGGCCCCAUAAUGCAGCCUAGUUCGGAAGCACAACCGAGCCCUGUCACUCAAGCCAGCCCAGCUAAUCAGCCCAGCUCAGUGACCCAACAGAACCCGCCCACCCAGCCAUCCGCAGUGCCAGUACAGAUCUACAGCCAUGACAGCAGCUACAGGUCAGAGGUGAAAGCAAGACAGGAUGUAAAACCUGAUAUUCGGCAGCCGUUCACUGAUUACCGGCAGCCCCCGGUGGACUACCGACACCCUCCUGUAGCAGACUACAGACAGCCACCAACGCUCGAUUAUAGACACCCCCCGCUGCUGGACUACAGACAGCUGUCCACUGACCCUCGCACCUUCCCCUUACCCGACUACAGGAUGCCACAGGAUUUUGAUUACUUCACGGUUGAUUUAGAAAAGGGUAUGAAAGGUUUUGGCUUUAGUAUCCGUGGAGGCCGCGAGUAUAAGAUGGACCUGUUUGUUCUACGAUUGGCUGAAGAUGGACCAGCAAUACGCAAUGGAAGAAUGAGGGUUGGUGAUCAGAUCAUUGAAAUAAAUGGGGAGAGCACGAGGGAUAUGACCCACGCUCGGGCCAUUGAACUCAUCAAAUCGGGUGGCCGUAGAGUUCGCCUGCUGCUCAAGAGAGGCACAGGGCAGGUCCCUGAGUAUGCAGAUAGUCCCGCCCCCUGGGAUGCUCACACUACAGCCUCCCCAAGUCUGUCGGAAGUAGCACCACCCCUCGACAGCUUACCUAAUCCAUCAGCUUCUUCUCAUAUGAACCCACCCACCGACCCACCUCAUACAUCGUCCUUGGAAGCAGUAGGUCCAGACUGUUCCCAGGGUCCUAGAGGCCCAGAGGAUAAGGCUCUGGAGCAGGCCAGUGUGGGGAAGAGGUCAGCCCUGGCAGGUGGAGUUGGGGGUGGGACCAAGCAGAGGGAGGGUAGCAGGACCAACCGUCGCUCUAGUGGAGGGAAGAGCCAGCAACAAGACCUUGAUGAACUUGUGGGAGAGCCCAAAUCCCACAAAAGCAGCCGGGCGAAGUCCAAGGAGUGCAGGAGGGAGCGGAGCAACACACCAUCUCGAAAGCGAGACUCGCCAAAAAAAACUUCUCCAAAUGACACCAACAUGAAUGGGGGAAAUGGAUGCCUAGAUGGUUGCAACAACCAACAUGGAGCUCUGGUGCCAUUCAAAGCCCUACCAAAGGAACCAGAGAAAGGGCAAAUGAGUCGUCCCCGCCACAACUCCAAGACCAGCAGCAGUGCAUCAGGCAGGAAGGCCACAGUAUCCCCUGGGCCAUGGAAGAUCCCUGGUUCGGACAAGCUACCCAGUACCCUGUGCUCAGCCACCUCCACCAUCAGCAGAUAACAUCUCAUCAGAAUCUCAGGCCCAAGUUUACACCUUACUUUUGGCCUUGACUUCUUUUGGCCAAGUUUUGGACCAAUCUUUGGCCAUGAACCGCCUUGCUUUGGGACUGGUUGGGCUUGGGCUUUUCUUGAUUGCUUUUCACAGGCUUGCUCUACUUGGAAGAGAUUGGUUUUAACCAUGACGAGGUACCACCCUCCCACAAUCCUCACUAAAGACCUUUCCAUGCAUUUCUAGACAGAGCAUUUUUUAUUUAUAUAAGUUAUUUUAACAGAUAUGACACCCACCACCUUAAGAACUGGAAGCAUUCACUCCAAAAAUGGAACCACGGUGGAAUGAGUGAUGCAUGUUGCGUGCAAAAAGAAUCCCAGACUUGUUUAAACUUGGGGAAAAGCACUCAAGAUUCAGAGAUGUACAUGCAUAGAGAACCACUAACUCUUGAACCACCACUGGUGGCUACAGCAAUUUUUAUACGCUUUCAUUAAAAAAUGAAGAAUACUGAAGGAGUUGCCUGAUAUAUAGUUUUUGUGUAUUUGAAGAAUGAAUAUGAUUAAAAAGAUUCUUUAUGAGCGGACACUCGACUAUGGAACUCUGCCUUAAAGACUGACCUGCAGAUGUCUGUAUAAGGGUCGGUAAAAUGAAUAUAGAAAUAGGUAUAUUAUAUGAUUGCAUAUAUGUGAGACAUAUUGUAAAUAUGGUCUUUACACACCAUUGUGAGCCCAUACUGGAGUAUUGAUAUCAUACACAGUGUAAGAGUGUAAUCUAGAAUUCAUUCCUACUCCACUUUAAGGUGCGUUCCCACUGACAGCGAUAUAAACUUGAGUGGUUGCUAAUCGGUGUUACUACUCAACUUCAGUAUAGAACUGUAACAGGAAACAGAUCACAUGACCUUCACUGUCUACACUGACAUCGGUAGUUGAAGCCUCAAGUUCAAGAUCAACGGCAACGGCAACGGUCGAUUGUGUCUCUUAAAAUCGCAAACUCUCAUUGAUGAUUUAUGACUACCAGUUGCUGCAAAUCGCUGUCAGUGUGAGUACCCAAUUUCUGAAGGAGCCACUGAGCUUUGACCUUCUCCUGACUCUCAAUCUAUUCUCCCUUUACGUGAGUACACGAACAAAGCAAUUUGAGUCUGAUGGUUUGGAUGAAAUAUAGAAUGGUUUGAUUAGGGCAGAGUGCCUUAUGACAGAGGUGUCCAAUCCUGCUCCUGAAGAGCCACUAUCCUGUAGAGCUUAGCUCCAAUACUAAUUAGACACAUCUGAACCAGCUAAUCAAAAUAUUGAGGAUUGCUAGAAACGUCCAGGCAAGUGUGUUGGGGCAGGUUGGAGAUACACUCUGCAGUACAUUGGCCCUCAAGGAGCAGGAGUAGACACCCCUGCCUUAUGCAGACCACUUGAUGCUUUAUUUGAGCUCUAAAUCCUAGGCAACGACAUCAAGACAAAAAGAAACCGUAGGCUGCUAUUAAUUCAUUGGACUACUUGUUCCGUAGAUACUGUGCAACAGUAAUGCCAGAACUGAAUGUGUAUGUCAUCACAUCCCUCUCUCUGAAUGCUGAUUGGUGACUAGAGAGGCCGGUUUUUGUCCACAGUAUAGAUAUAUCAAUAUAAUAUUCAAAGCUAUUUUCGUACAUAGAUAGAAAUAGAGGUGAGAGUCUUCUAAAAGAAGUGCAGAUAUUUAUUAAUGAUAUCUCUGACAGGAGUUCAAAUGUUUGUUGAGCACUUUGUCUUUAAGUAGACAUGUAUACAUAUAAAAUGCAGUACUGGAAAGAGUAUAUGCUGUGCAUCCAUGAUAUUCAUUGAAUAUUUCUGAGAAAGUUAAUUCUCAAAAUCCUGCUAUGAAAAUUAGUUUACUAGCAUAUCCCCAUAUAAAAGGUUGUGUGUUGGUAAGUCUCUAUCACAUGGAUCAUGUCAGGGCUUCAAGCAAAUUGUGAAAGUACAUGAAA